UACCCAGACUAGCGAGUUGUCUAAAACACGAUACUUAAUGGUUCUGUUUUUACCAUGAUCAGUCUCGACGCCCGGGACUCCGUGAUAGAUAACCCUAGGUUGGGGUAACAGGGUGUUUGUUACCAGCGAAUCCUAUCUGCACUCUGAUUUGUUGUGUGUGUUCGACGGAGGAUUGUUGUUUGGUGUGUAUUUAAGGAUAUCUGGAGAAACACCCUAAAUUGGAUUCACCAGGACACAGAUAGGACGUCCUAAUUAGGGUUGACAGUAUAUCUCGGACAAUAGGAUGAACGGAUGGUACCCGGAUAACAGACGGAAUAUCGAGUCGAAGAAAUAGCAAAAAUAGUGUUAGAAAGCUUACGGACAUCGGACGGACCUGGGCCGUCAAUAAAAAUAUUCUGUGUUAAGGACACCGCACGGACUUGGUCCGUCCUAAAUAGGAUUAACGACAGACGACAGUUUAUAGGAUGUACCGGUUCAGCUAGUUAGGAGAUAACUACGUCACACACACGAGCAUGGCAGUCAGUACGGGACUUUGUUUAGCUUUACCGGCUAUCCAAACUGACCCGUUCGACGGUCAUCAUACCCUCAGAUGGUCAAAAACGGCAAGAAGUGUGCAGGGAGAGAAACGCCCCACAGUAAGUAGAGAGCGCUCAUUCGUCGAUGAUGAACAGGAAGUAGAGCACGUGAUUCAGUACCGUCUACCACGUAUCAGCGUGUCACGUGAGGAACUGGACAAUGAUCCGCUCGAUGUUGACGAGAAGGUGUUCAGUCGCUAUGGCUACGAGCAGACGGUGAGGAUUCCAGAAUUAGGUCCUGUCGUCCGUAUGAUCAAUCCCCCACAAACAUACGUUCAGACAGACAGACAGGCCAGCAUGCUUGUGCCGAGGUUCAAACAUGCAGCAAUCACUCCUCGACGGACACCGUGGACAAGCCGGGAACGGACGGAUGACGGAGUCAGCAGAGUAAUGAGCAGCCACAAGUUCCGGUCUGAGUCAAGCAAACCGGAACCGGAACGCAGCCCUUCGCCGCUAAGUCGGAGUGAUUCUCCCGCCAAAUCUAUCAAGAGCAUUCACUGGAUGCUUGGUAGCACCAAACAUCCUUUGUUCGACCAUAAAGGGCGCAGUCGAUACCAAGGUCCAUUCUCACGAGAGUUCACCGUGACUUGUAUUGCCCCUUCCAAUUGGAUGCGGAUGAAAUGGGGACGGUCUCGGACCACUCUGGUGCAAUAAUAGACACUAACGCCGAGAGUGAUCUGCCCUUACCACACCCAGAUCUAAUAGUUAAUGUUCGGAGGAGUAAGACACGUGCGUGGGGAUAUAUGACGAAAAAAAUGUCACGUGAUAAAAGAUGAUUUUAUAUAUCACGAGAUGUUACAACCUUUAAUGGUUCGUGUAUUUGAUGACGUCAGAGAUACUUUUUCGACCCAUCAGUCAUCUUGUGAAUUUUAUUGGUUAUUAUUACAAAGGGGUUGAAUUCCCAAUAUGAUGACUAAUAACGUAACUCGAAUGUGCCUGCUUACUCGACUUUCGGUAUGAUUUCGAUAUUCUUAAUGGCGUCGAGGGAAAUUUGCCUAUAUAACGCCAAUGAGAAGCGAUUUCUACGUCAAGUGGUUCAACAAAAUCAUAACAGCUUCCGGUCACUGACCUGAAGCGAUUGUCACAACUCGGUUAAUUCCGUAACUUCCGGUACUGGUGUAAAUGGUACCGGAAUCAGCCGAGACAAGACGAUUGGACAUGAUUUAAGGGAGGUAACUGUUUCUCCAAUUAAUAUCUCAGAGCGGCAAUUUCUCCUGAUUCGAACUCUUUCCCGAGAAACUGAAUCCAUUUCUUUUUAUCGCCGGAGGAAUACCCGUCAUGUGUGUAUUAACUAAUUUCACGUUAACUUUCAUUACUUUUUUUUCGACUAGAAAGUGACUUGAAUUUUUGUUAAUGUACUGUUAUGUUCUGCUUUUCAUGUGAAACUGAGGCGAAUCCUCUUUUUGUGUGAAAGACAUGAAUUAUUUAUUCAACUGUAUACAUGUAUUUUUAAUGUAGCCUUAACAUCUCGAAUUAAUUCAAAAGAAAAUCACCAGAUCAGUGCUUGAUGUUCUUGGGAAAUUCCAACGUGAAUUCGUCUUUAAGAAAUCAGAUAAAAUAUACAUGUAACAUCACACUCAUUUUAAAACUUACCUGUGGUCACGGAUAAAGUUUUGCGUAUACAAAUAAUACUAAUGCUGAAGCGUUACAGAAGUGAUGAAAAUAUUGCAUUUAACAUCUUUACCGAUCUGAUUUAGUUUAUGACACGUUGCAUGAAUACCUACAUGUAUCAUCAGAUGCGUUUAUGUCAUCAGGAACGUCAAAUAAUCUCCAUUCACAUUUUCAAUCUGUAAAAUUUGUAAAGAUCUACAGAAGAUUACGUUUGUCAUUCAUGUAACAGCCUAACGUCAUAUAAAUGUUUGUAUCUUGAGAGUGUAUCAUAUGGCACACCACAACAGAGAAGCUU